AAUAAACUCUCACGACAAACUAAAAAUAAGUAAUCAGUCUUAUUCACCACGUCCAGAUUUGGUUUAUAGUAGUAAACAAUAUUCUAAAAUAUACAAAACGAUUUAACAAGUAUUGUAAGACAUGUUCUGUCCUGAUUUAAAUGAGCGACUGAAAUUGUAUACAAGUAGAAACACUUCAACUGAGACUACAUUUUAGAAUGUUCUCCGCCUCAUCUCCAGAUCUCGAAUCACAUAAACACUUACCGGAAUGUUGAAGAAGAUUGAAUAGAACAAAAUGGAAACUGGCUAAACAAAGCCUCCCUUGCACGACGGAGCAACCAUUACCAACGACGAUGCCAAUUGUCUCCAUUUGCCAGGAAAUAUACAAGCUUUAUCAAAAACUCCAUGCAGUGAAAUCACACAAAACCAAUUAACGGAUUGAUGGAGACAAACCCCAGGACCGAAUAAAUAACCUUUUAUUUUUAUUUAGUUUUUAUAUUUUUGUAAAUCAUAUGAUAACAUUAUCAAUCAGUAAGUCAAAUAUGCACAAAGUAAAUUACAUGUUAUCAUUAUGCUAAUAUAUAUCACUUUAGGUAAAAUGUCAUUUUGAAAAGUUUUAGAAAAGUCUGAAAUUUGUAAUAUUAAAAGUUAUGUUAUGUUAAUAUGUAGCUUAUAAGUAUUAAAAUUUAAUAUGUUGAUAUGUGAUUUAAUAUAUUAAAAUAUUAAUGAAACAUCCCUUAAAUCUCUUCAAUAAUAGAGAAGCAAUCUAAACAUAGUUUUACAAUUAUGUUAUAGUAUUUAAAAAUAUUAAUAUGAUAGUACUAUAUAUCGAGAAAGUUCCAUCAAUAAGAUGAUUCCCUAUAUGUCAUCGAGAAAACCCUAAUAGUAAAAGUGCAACUCAGAAGAGAAGAGAGGAAGAUGGAAUCCUUGACAGAUGAUCUAUGGACGAUGGUACUUGCGAGAUUACCGAUUAAGAGCUUCACAUGUUUCAAACUUGUUUGCAAGCAGUGGAAAUCAAUAGUAGAAUCUCCGUUUUUUCGUAACCUUUUUAGAUUCUUCCACCAAAUCUCGCCCUCUUCUUCAUGGUCGCUCAUGUGCAGCUAUGGUAUUGCCUCAGAGAUGGUGGGUCUCUACCAAUGCGAUACAUGGGGACUUAAGCGAUCUUUGGGCUCUUUCAUCGAGUCUUUCCUGACCGACAAGUACCACAAGUCCAUAUACGGACGAGUCAGAGUCAAGGCUUACUCCGAUGUUGGGUUGAUUUUGAUCCAUAUAAAGUCAACCCUCAUGGAGAAGGGAUCCCUCUACGUGGCUAACCCGGUUUCACGGGAAUGCGUAGAAAUCAUUCUUGAUGUGCUUCCUAUAGGGUUUGAAACGGACGAAUAUCUCUGGGAAUGGGGACUUGUCACACGAACUGAGAACGGCCACCUUUUGGGUUACAAGAUUGUCCUCUUUGAUAAAAAGUUGGGAGAUAGGAAGUUAAGCUGUCUUAUAUAUUCAUCUGAGACAGGCUUGUGGAGUCUCGAAACUUUACAUCUUCCUUACUCUUUAUACUUCAAUUGUUUAGAGUAUCCGAUUAGCUUGAACGGUAACCUUCACUGGGUUGGCCAGAACAUGGAUCAUCAAGAACUUGUAUUAUCCAUGGAUACCUAUGCUACUAGCACAGGUUCUGUUCGAUGCCGUGUUACGCCUUUCCCUGACUUGGAGAAAACUACCAAAUUCACAAGAGCUUGCACAACUUGUCAAGGGUUUCUCAUGUACAUGAACAUAGUGGAUGGAAGCAAGUUAUGUUCGUGGAGGCUACAGAGCGAGGGAUGGCAACUAAUAUCUGAAAUCUCCCCAGGUUCUAUCUUGACCCGUUUCGACUAUGUUCCGAUGACGAUAAAUCCCGUUGAUGCGAAAACAGCCUAUUUUUGGAGCACGGAACGAGAAAGCUUGCUAUCUAUUAACUUACAUAACGGUAAGUUUGUGAUCCACCGUCAGUGUGAAGGUAGAGACGAGUCAAGCGACGGUCCCAUUAUGAUUCCCGUUAACGACUCGAAAGCUAUGAUAUCCCUCAAGAGCAGGAUAGAAAGUACAUACAUCAUCAUCAAACGAAAACGGUUUGUCCCGUUCGUUCUCCCACAAUGGCUUCAUCGGAUCCCAAACACGGUAAGUAUUACAGAGCCAACAACAACUGCAACACUACAUGGAUGAGUAGUGACUGCAUUCCGUACGGAUGGAGCACUAGAACUUACGUCCUUUUUUAUAUAUGUAAAAGAUAAGAAUAUAACGUUAACAAACACAUAUCGUCUUCUUCAUU